AACCCGGGCCUCCAGUCAGGCGUGGUUGGUACGUUCCUAGAUGAGAAGCAAGAGGGCUAGUAUCGGAUGUGGGAUUAUCAUAUUCGCGGCAAGUGUUCUUCGUGAAGCUGGAGCGCAUGAACAAUGGCGGCGCCUGCAGCAGAGCUCGCUGUCGUCUUGUGGGGCGGACACCUCGGAGCCCAUUGUCGUAGCGGACGAAUCCUCUGGCCCGGACGAUGUCACAGCAGCGCUGCUGGAAGCAGGCGUCUGCGCGACGACCGCGGCCAACUCCAGCAGCGUAGUAGUCACCGUCCACUGGAACAGCAGCGGCAUUCAAACCUCAGAACCGUUCUUGGUUCCUGGGGGCGUCGAGCUUCGGGUUGCUGGCAACGGUUGGUACAACCAGAGCAGCGACAGCAGCGGCCAAGACCUCGACCUCGACGACGAGCUGGAGACCGCGAUCGCUAACACGGCCGCCGCCGCCGGAUGGGGAGACUCCGAGCCCUCGGUGAUCAGCAGCAGCGGCGGCGGCGGCGGCGGGCUGUUCGUCGUGCAGGCAGGAGGCGCGCUGCACCUGUCCGAUGUCGUCUUGUCGGGUGCCUGGGGCGGCGAGGACGGGGGCAGGGCCGUCAGCUUGGUCGGCGGGGAGGUCACCGGGACGGACGUGCGAUGGGAUUCGCUGUCGGUGGAGGGCGCCGGCGGCGCCAUCUACGCCCAGGACGGCGGGACCGUUACCCUCAAGGGCCUGCACCACUUCCACAACUGCUCUUCGGGAACGCUCGGGGGCGGGGCGGUGUUCCUGCAGGACGCCUACGGUCUGUUCGGCGAUGGAGCCCAGGUGUACUUCGAGGGCUGCAGGGCGCUUAACUCAUCGGAUGGGGUCGGCGGUGGCGUCGAGCUCUCCGCGUCGAACCUUACCAUCUCCAGCAACGGCAGGACUCGGUUCAGGGAGUGUAGCGCCGGGGACAAGGGGGGAGGCUUGUACAUGAAGAAAGACUCGGUUGUCGAUGUCGGCGACUCGGCCUCCUUGGAGUUCCAGGCGUGCGCCUCGGGCAGUUCGAGCGGGAAUAAGGGCGGAGGCGUUUGCGCCUACGACUCCGCCAUGUCGGUCGGCGCGGGGACGACCGUCACCUUUCGGGAAAACUCUUCCCCGAUAGAGGACGGGGGCGGGAUGUUCGCGAAGUCUACGACGUUGAGCGUGGACGGGGACGGGGCAGCCCUGGUCUUCACCGACAACUUUUCGGGGGAUAGCGGCGGGGGGCUCACUCUCCAGAUAGAUUUGGACGAGGACGUGAUUGACACCUGUCUCUCUCUGGCUGAGGGCGCCACGAUGGACUUCUCCGGCAACGCGGUCACGGAGUACGGGGGCGGGAUGUACGUCGUCGGGUGCAAAGCCUCCAUCGCCGGGAGCGUCUCCUUCCGAGGGAACCAUGGCAAGCGGGCGGGCGGCCUGUACAUCGAAGAGGGCGGGGUUUCCAUCUCUGGCAACGCCUCUUUCGUCGGCAACACGGCGGACCGGUGGGGCGGCGCGGUGUGCGUGAUCGACUCCCGGGAGGACGACGGCCUGGGCUUGCGGCUGACCGGAGGCGUCGAGUUCACCGACAACGCGGCCAGGCGGAGCGGCGGCGGCAUCUACGUGGUGAACGGCGACGUCGCCGUCGUCCGAGACGCAACCGCAGCCGCGGGGGGGGACGAGUUGCCCGGGGCAUCCUGGGUCGGUAACACGGCGGGGUACGACGGGGGCGUCAUCGCCGUCGACGGGGGCGGGGUGUGGCUGGAGGGAGGGCUGGCGAGCUCCAACAGCGCGUCGGAGCGCGGAGGCGUUCUGUUCGGCAUCGGCGAGAGCAACGUCUCGUGGAGCGGCGGCGGGGAGUCCUGGAACAACUCGGCGGCGUCCGGCGGGACCAUCUACGUCAGCAGCAGCGUCGCCAACCUCACGGACCUCCGCCUCGCGGGCGAUCACACCCCCUCAGGCGCGAACCUCUUCUUCGCCGGGGCGGACGCGCGGGCCGUCAACGUUACCGCGGUCGCGCCCGAGGAGCUCGAGGCGACCUUCGCGCUGCACGUGGACUCCGGCUCGGCGUUCCGGGCGUUCGCGUGCGUCUUCGAAGGCUGGGACGGGGACUCGCCGAGCGUCCUGAGCGAGGGGGAGAUGGUCUUGGACGUGUGCGACUUCAGCGGCAGCGGCACGCCGACCCUGGUCCGGGCGUCCCGGGCGGUGACGAUCAGGAACGCCGUCCUAGGGGACCAGAACUUUGGGCACGCGGGGUUCAACGCGUCGUCGCUGCUGGGGGUCGGCGCGCACGGCUGCUCCUCCCUGCCGGAGGAGCUCUCGUGCUCGGUGGCGGAGGAGUGCGUGGACGCGGAGAACGGGAUGGGGGUCCUGUGCCCGUCGUUCACAGAGGACGCCACCGGCGGAUUGGUCUCUCUCGCCGACGUCGAGGACGAGAACGACGGCGUGGGCUUUUCGACAGUGGAGCUCGUCUCCUCCAGCUCUGCCGGUUCGACAUCCUCCUCCUCCUUCUCCGCCUCCUCCUCCUCCUCCUCCCUCGCGACAGCGGAGGUCUACUACCCGGAUCUGGUAACCCACGAGCUCGUUUUGCGGUACUCCUCGUCGGAAGAAGAAGAGGCGGCGGCGGCGGCAGGGAGCCAGGUGGGCGUGCUGUGGAGGCUCCAGCGGACCGACGGCGACGGCGGCGCCCAAGCCGCCGACGACGAGACCGGAGCCUUCGAGGGCGCGGCGCCGGACUACUUCACCUGGACCGCGGUGCCCUGGUCCGGCUACCUUGUCCGGGGGCAGGAGGUCACCAUCCAGCUGGUGGGCACGCCGCCGCCGCCGCCGGACCCGUCCGCCGUGUUCGCCGUGUACAACGGGGAGGUGGCAGCCGAGUUCCGAGUAGUCACGCGGACGGCGGCGGCGGAUUCGGCGGCGGCCUCCGUCGCGGCCGGGGUGGAGCGGACUUUCUACUACUGCGCCGCGGGGUCGUACUGGGACGGGGAGACCUGCGUCACCUGCGCGCAGGCGAUGGCAACGAUGGCCGACGGGGAGGGCUCGCUCGAUUGCUCGGCCCCGGGCAUAACGCUGGACACGCUCCCCCUGGCGGAAGGCUACUGGAGGGGUGACAUCACCCAGACCUACAUCCGCAAGUGCUGGAACCCGAGCGCCUGCGCCGGGGGCACGGGCGUCAUCACUUCCUCCUCCUCGUCGUCCUCUUCUUCCUCUUCCUCUUCCUGGAACUCGGUUUUCACCGCAACAGUCACCACCACCGCUUCCAACACCACCGCCGAUGUCACCGCCACCGCCAGCAGCUUUGAGUACGAGGACACUCGCUACUGCAUAAAGGGACACAGGGGCGCCUACUGCGCCGUGUGCGCGGACGGGUACCGGAGGUUCUCGGGGGGGCAGCUGUGCGUCUCGUGCGGCGGGGUGUGGAGUUCUGGGGCGCGAGCGACCUUCUGGGUGCUGGGGGUGGUGUCCCUGGUGGUGGUGAUGGCCCUGGCGGUGUUUUUGAUUGGUGGCCUCACCGCCGUGUCGCGGGCAAGUGCCCUGCAGGGCAAGCUUUCGUCGUGCCUCCUUGGGCGUCGUUCGAAGACCGUGACGGCCUCUUCCAGCGGGUCUACCCUCGCGCCGUCGCGAGCGUCGAGGAGGGCCGCAGCGGGCACGGUCGGACUGUGUCUCCUCCGUGCGGUGCCCUUCCAGAAGCUCAAGAUUCUUGUCGUGGUCUGGCAAAUACUGACACAGUUUUCGCACCUGGCGGAGAUCCCGUAUCCCCCUUCCUACCAGCGAUUCCUCAACAUCUUGGACAUCUUCAACUUCGACAUCACGUGGCCCCUGACGGCGGCGUGCAUCGUGGACAACAUCACCUUCUACCACCGCCUGGUGUGGGUGACCCUCGGUCCCCUCGCACUCUUGACGUUCUUGUCCUUGACCUACGUCAUCGCCAUGCACGUGCACCGGCGGCGGAACUACUUCAGCAGCAGGGCUUCCGCGGAGGCUAGGCAGCGGGCCGUCGUCCGACAUGCGAGCGCUGCUCUGCUCAUCCUCUUCUUGGUGUUCAGCUCGGUGAGCACGACGGUGUUUUCUACAUUCUCGUGCGACUACGUGGAAGAUCUAGAUGUGUCGCUGCUUCGCGCGGACUACAGCAUUUCGUGCGACCACCCAGACCACACGUUCUACAAGGCGUACGCGGCGUUGAUGAUCCUCCUGUACCCCAUCGGGGUACCCAUGCUCUUCGCGGUGCUGCUGCUCAAGCGGAGAGACAAGCUCAACCCUCCGGUCAUGACUCUCGACCUUGCCCCGGAAACGGACCCUGUCCUCAAGGGGAGAGUCUCGUCGGACACGGCUAGGAUGGAAGACGAGGGCAGCGAACACCCAGGUGCCGCUGCGGCCACCCCUCGCGCGACCCCCACCGCGAGAGGGCACGAUAACGGGGNCCCUGACUCUCGACUUUGCCGCGGAAACGGGCCCUGUGCCGCUGCGGCCACCCCUCGCGCGACCCCCACCGCGAGAGGGUACGAUAACGGGGACAUUGAGCUCGCCGGCAUGAAGGAUACCUCGCGGGGGGCUAGGAGAGGCAGCGCUGUGAGCGCCGCGCCGGAACGGGACAGCCAGUACCACCGCAGGUUUAGCGGGGAGGGGGAGAGGAGGCUCCUGAGCACCGGCAGCAGCGGCGGAGCCCGAGGUCGUGGGAAUGCCCGGCGCUUGUGCGUUGUCGUCCCGGCGGCCGCAGAUGGCGGCGGCUUGGUACAAGACAGAGAAGAGGUGGGAGAGAUGGAGAUCANCUCGUGCGACCACCCAGACCACACGUUCUACCAGCGGAGAGACAAGCUCAACCCUCCGGUCAUGACUCUCGACCUUGCCCCGGAAACGGACCCUGUCCUCAAGGGGAGAGUCUCGUCGGACACGGCUAGGAUGGAAGACGAGGGCAGCGAACACCCAGGUGCCGCUGCGGCCACCCCUCGCGCGACCCCCACCGCGAGAGGGCACGAUAACGGGGACAUUGAGCUCGCCGGCAUGAAGGAUACCUCGCGGGCGGCUAGGAGAGGCAGCGCUGUGAGCGCCGCGUCGGAAGGGGACAGCCAGCACCGCAGGUUUAGCGGGAAGGGGGAGAGGAAGCUCCUGAGCACCGGCAGCAGCGGCGGAGCCCGAGGUCGUGGGAAUGCCCGGCGCUUGACAGAGAAGAGGUGGGAGAGAUGA